AAACAAACCCAUAUAUAUAGACUUGUCUUGUACUGUUUCUCUCCGCUCUCUUGAAACACUUCAGUGAGAAGAAUUCAAAUCUGCUACACGGGUUUAGUAGAAAUGUCCUCCUCUAAAGCCCUAAUUCGCACCGGAUUUUCUCUCAUGACUCGGUUCGCAAAUCCAUCUCUCCGUCAAAACUCGACCUCGACUCAGCUCAUCACAACUCAGAGCCUAGACAUCGACAUUGUGCCGAAGCUUUUCCCGUCUCUCUGCUCGCCAUCCCUUCCCCCUCUGCAUCAGUACGACGCCGACUCAAUCAAGAAGCUCUCUUCUCAAGGCUUCCUACAUCCCUGUGGCCUUCCUUCUCUUCCAUUCUUUCUCCCUGAUGGAAAUGAUUCUUUGUCAUCUGAGCCAAUGGUUUUAUUUCCGAAAAGAACCUACCAGCCAAGCAACAUUAGGCGUAAGAGGAACCAUGGAUUUUUGGCACGCAAAGCAACUAAGGGUGGCCAGAGAGUAAUUGCUCGACGAAUUGCUAAGGGUCGGGCAAGAAUCACACCUUAGGAACGUUGUCCUUUUUCCGUUGUCCUUUUUCCGUUGUUUCAGUAAAUAGCAGAUAUAGGUCCGACAGUUGUGUUGCUUCAUUGCAAGACUAAGCAAAUAGAGCGAUGAGUUGCUUUGCAUGGUUACUUCAGCCUCAAAAGAUCUGACAGCUGUUGCUUAUGGUGUUACAACUUCUUUAUGCUUAAGCAGAUUCUUUUGAAGCCGGGAAAACCAAAAAUAUUAUGGACUUUAUACUUGAGCGAUUGUCUUUACACAUUAUAGCAGGCAUCACAUCAAGUUCAAUAAUUGUGUGUAUAACUCAGAUAGUUUAGAAGUUCAGUGUUAAACGAUUUUUCUUUGACGGAAGUGCCCAAUUUUGCAUUUGGAGGACUACAUGAUUAAGCAGUCCCAUGGCAUGUGGAAUCUCGGUCAAUUGCUAUUGCA